AUGGCCAAACUUAAUUAUUGUUCAUGUUAUCUAAAAUGCUCAAUUCCACAUUCUAGAAAUGGGACUGCUAUCAGGAACUUGGAAGAACCUCUUACUCUAAUUGGGUUCCACAGGCAAUCAGAAAACAAGGCGAGUCCACAGAAGAACUCUAAAAAUUUGCCCCCAUCUCCAACUUUGUUCAAUGGUGGAUCAUCAUUGAAGUUACUAGGUGAAAAUGAUGAGUCUGAAAACUCAAUUCCUCACAUUCUAGAAAUGGGACUGCUAUCAGGAACUUGGAAGAACCUCUUACUUCAAUUGGGUUCCACAGCUGAUAACUUCCAAUCUUCUGUGGCUGAGUAA